GCCCAGGGAACCAAGCAGCGCUACCGCCGCCGCCGCCGCUGCAGCCGGAGUUGGAGGAGAGAGAAGCCAGAGAGAAAAUGGCGGCUGUGGCUGCAGAGGCGGCAGCGACUGCAGCGUCUCCCGGGGAGGGGGGCGCCGGCGAGGCUGAGCCGGAGAUGGAACCCAUUCCCGGUAGCGAGGCCGGCAGUGACCACCUCCCAGUCACUGCCACUGAAGCAUCUGUGACGGACGGCGAGGCUGAUGGGCAGCAGUCUGUUCCUCAGGCCGACGAGCCGCCGCUCCCACAGCCGCCGCCGCCGCCAGGAGAGCUCGCCCGCAGCCCGGAGGCGGUGGCACCGGAGCUGGAGACUGAAGAGAAGCUGCCCGCUCGGAUUGCGGAGCCAGCAGCAGCCGCGGCAGCCGCGCCUCAGGAAGGGCCGGACCCUCCACCUUCUCCUGCGCCGCCGUCCCAGCAGUCCCCGGCGCCCGAGGAGCGCCGGGAGCCGCCUCUGCCUCAGUCUGCAGCCCCGGCACUCGUGCCACCGGCGCGUGGGGACUCCGCGGUGUCGCAACUGAUCCCUGGCUCGGAGGUGCGGGUCACGCUGGACCACAUCAUCGAGGACGCGCUCGUCGUGUCGUUCCGCCUCGGAGAGAAGCUCUUCUCCGGGGUCCUCAUGGAUCUGUCUAAAAGGUUUGGGCCCCAUGGGAUCCCUGUGACAGUAUUUCCCAAAAGGGAAUAUAAGGACAAACCUGAAGCCAUGCAGCUCCAAAGUCGUACAUUCCAAGAAGGGACAGAAGUUAAGCAUGAAGUGAAUGGUGCUGUUCCUGUUGACCCUUCUCCUAUCGCGCCUUCCGAGUCGAGCCUGUCUGAAAGCCUGUGGACUUCCAAGCCACCACCUCUCUUCCAUGAAGGAGCACCUUAUCCCCCCCCUUUGUUUAUCAGGGACACAUAUAACCAAUCAAUACCUCAGCCACCUCCUCGGAAAAUUAAGCGACCCAAACGAAAAAUGUACAGGGAAGAACCCACUUCUAUAAUGAAUGCUAUUAAACUACGACCCAGGCAAGUCCUGUGUGACAAAUGUAAAAACAGUGUUGUUGCUGAAAAAAAGGAAAUUAGGAAAGGUAGUAGUGGAAGUGACUCCUCUAAAUAUGAAGAUAAAAAACGGAGAAAUGAGAGCGUAACUGCUGUGAACAAAAAGCUUAAAACUGACCAUAAAGUGGAUGGGAAAAACCAAAAUGAAAGCCAGAAAAGAAAUUCUGUGGUUAAGGUUUCAAAUAUUGCUCAUAGCAGAGGCAGAGUAGUUAAAAUUUCUGCUCAAGCAAAUACAUCAAAAACUCAGUUAAAUACGAAAAAAGUGCUCCAGAGUAAGAACAUGGAUCAUGCAAAAGCUCGGGAAGUGCUGAAAAUUGCCAAAGAAAAGGCACAAAAGAAGCAAAGUGAAACCUCUACUUCCAAAAACGCACAUUCAAAAGUCCAUUUCACACGUCGAUAUCAGAAUCCUAGCUCAGGUUCCCUUCCACCCCGGGUUCGUUUAAAACCACAAAGGUACAGGAAUGAAGAAAAUGACUCUUCUCUGAAGACAGGACUUGAGAAAAUGCGGAGUGGCAAGAUGGCACCCAAGCCCCAGUCUCGCUGCACCUCUACCCGCUCAGCAGGUGAGGCCCCUUCAGAAAAUGAGAGUCCCUCAAAAGGUCCUGAAGAGGCCAUCAGUGAGGUUCAGGACACAAAUGAAGUGCAUGUGCCUGGUGAGCAGGAUGAACCACAGACAUUGGGCAAAAAGGGCAGCAAAAGCAAUAUCUCUGUUUAUAUGACCCUAAAUCAAAAGAAAUCUGACUCGUCUAGUGCAUCAGUUUGUAGCAUUGAUAGCACAGAUGAUUUGAAAUCUUCCAACUCGGAGUGUAGUUCUUCUGAAAGCUUUGAUUUUGCUCCAGGCAGUAUGCAUGCACCUUCCACCUCGUCUACUCCCUCCUCUUCAAAGGAAGAGAAAAAGCUCGGUAAUUCCUUGAAAAUGAAAGUCUUUUCCAAAAACGUCUCUAAAUGCAUCACACCAGAUGGCAGGACCAUAUGUGUAGGGGACAUUGUUUGGGCCAAGAUUUAUGGCUUCCCUUGGUGGCCAGCCCGUAUUCUUACCAUAACUGUGAGCCGGAAAGAUAAUGGCCUUUUAGUCCGACAGGAGGCCCGUAUUUCGUGGUUCGGGUCUCCAACAACAUCUUUCCUUGCUCUUUCGCAACUCUCCCCCUUUUUAGAAAACUUCCAGUCACGCUUUAAUAAGAAGAGAAAGGGCCUUUAUCGCAAGGCUAUCACAGAGGCAGCUAAGGCUGCCAAGCAGCUGACCCCUGAAGUGCGGGCUCUGUUGACACAAUUUGAAACAUGAACAAGGACAGUAAGCACAAAGACAUUAGCUGUCUGCUGGUUUCAUGGACCUCUACCACAGUGACACAGAGAACACCAGAGCAUCAGGACUGAAUGAAAUUGGUGACUCAAAUUUUUAAAGCUGCACUAAGAAGUUAAUGUUAAGGGCAGUGGUGAAAACCAACAGUCUGUAAAGGGGCACUUACAGAUUGUGCUAUAUUAAAACCGAAGAAAAGGUAUUAGGGUAAUAUUUUAUUAAAAAGAGAACUAUUGCAAUAAUUUAUGCAUGAGAUGAGAAGUGGUGUUUAAUACACAUACAAGAACUCGAAUUUUAUGCAUGAAGAAUCACUGACAGUAACUUCUUUUGAAUGUGAAGUUCUUAUCAGACAAUUUGGACAGGCCUAAAAGGCAUGGGAUGAUGGCAGAAAUGUUGAAUUAUUUUUCAUACUUAAACUUUGUGCUUUCUCCAGUGUUUAUGUUAAUUGGUUCAGAUAUGAGCAAAGGCAUUUCUGAAAUUGUUCUCUUUUGAAACAGCAAUAGUCACAUAUGCUGAGGUCAAUGUUUCUUUCAGGGCACCAGCAGAAACAACAGAGUAGAUUAUCUAAUAUCCUACUAAAAGAAUAGCACAGUGCCCCCCCCCCUACCCUGACCCCGCAAAGAAAAGGUGGAUCUUUUCCUUUUUUAAUAAAGCAGGGCUGUAUUAUCUUAAAUAUAUGUUUGCUUGUUAGAACAUAUUAAAAUAUAUUUAUUUGCCACCAGUAUUUCACAUUUUGUGCACAUUUUCAAAUCUUCAUUCUUAGCUUUCAAAUUCUGACUCUGAAGUAGAUAGGCCAGUGUGGAUCUUGGAGUAAAAAUGUAUACUCCAAGAGCUAGUUCUUAAUUCCACUGAGCUUGGAGGGGCUUUUAAUAUUCUCCCUUUCCUAGCCAAUUUCAUCUAGUUCAGAAAAGGUGACAGUGUCUGAAUUUUGAUAGGGGCUUCUCUCUCCAGAGAUAUCCUCCUUCUCUCUUAAGUGCAAGAAAUUCUCACAGGUGUCAGGUAGGACUUGACCCUGGGGGCAAGCGGCAGGAAUAGAUCCAUAAAGAUUGCAUCAAAAUUUUCAUGCGUGGAACAUGAAUUCUUAUUAAUAGAGACAGUAGUUGUUUUUUUUUCCCCCUUGUCUUUGGUAAAUACAUACUAUGAAAAACCUUAAUUUUUUUUUUUAAUGAAUGGAGAAAACAUAAAACCAGAUGGACCUGUUAGUACUACAUUUCUAAGGCAUUUUAUAUUUGAUGGUGCCAUACUUUUAAUAAUAGUAAUAAUAAUAAUAAAAAAACUGAAGUUUUUUAGUGGCAAUACUGAUUUAUUUUUUAAACCAGAAAGAGAAUCCAUAUUGAUUACUUAUUACAAAAAAAAGAAAAAAAAUAACCAAAAAAUCAAAUACACAAAUUCAUGAAGCAACAUAACAGGUAACUGAGCAUUUGGCUCAAGUUUUCGAACUUUCCUAUAAUCCUGUAUAGGUUUCAAAUUAUUUAAUAACCUUAUGCUCAGGAUUAACAAAAGGUUCUGGGUGAGAGUUUUAGGACAUUUAAUAAAUCUGACCAGGAUUUGUGUUAUGACUCAAGAACAAAAAAGGUAGGCAGUCUUGCUUCUAGUGAGAUUAAUGCAAAUCCUAAUUAUACUGCAAAUAAUAAAAUAUUUUGAUCACUUUCUAAAACUGUCAUUUUGGAGAAAAUCCUUACUACGAAGUCAUCAUACAUUUUAGCAAAUCUGAAAAAGUCAGCUCAGGAACUUGCAGCAGCAGGGAGUUGUAAAGAUUGCAGGCUCUUCAGAGGCUCCCUGCUCUAUCUGGCCCUAGGGCUGUGGCUUGGGUUGGUCUUGUUCUUUCAGAGAACACCAGCAGGACCUUUUAGGCUCACUUCAAGAACCAGAUAACUCCCCAGCCGUGGUGGAAUUCACUUGGAUUGUAUAAUCAAGAUUUUUAAUUAAGCUUUAGACUUUUUUAUUUGUGUAGGGAUGGAAAUGACCAAGAAAUAAUAAUAUAAAGGCAAAAGAAUUCAGAGAUCGGGUCAUAAAUAUCUAUUUUUUUCUCAUGACAAGUUCUCAAGGUGUUUUGUUACAAACUAGAUUUUCAUUUUUAAGAAAAUGAAAGUUGGUGGUAUUUAAAAUCUAGACAUACCAUAUUGCUAUUUCACUUUCAUUGCUUUAGUUGCUUAAUAUUUAAGCUUUGCUUCAUGCUACCUUUUGUGUCUGUAUUUCAAAUCUUCAUAAGCCUAUUUCAUUUUGUAGACUUGAGUGACAUAAAUUGUUUCUCAUCUUAAGUAUGCGCAGAGUUAAAUGUUAAAGAAUGUUGUGUAACAUUUAUCCAAUAAAGUCUUGAUUUUUUUUAAAAAUUUUGUUAUUUAAAAAACAUUUGUUUACAUUUUAGGAGUUAGCUUUUGAAGAUUAAAAAAAAACAAUUUAAAAUUCAACCACUAGUACUUUAGGGAGCUACCUUGAGUAUCAUUGCCUCCUAGGGAGAAGAGCCUGUGCGUUUUUCAUCACUAGGCAUUUUUAUGGUGCCUCUUUCUGACCAAGGAUAGAGGAAGGGUGAAUAGUUUAAUAGUUUAAUUUUAAUUAGGACUCUGCACAAAUGAACUACUUUCUUUUCUGUUGGAAACAAGUAACAUACCCAUCUGAGUUGGAUGUAAUUAAACCUCUAAUUGUGGGCUUUUUUUUGUUGUUGUUUUUUAAGGCAGUCCUGCCUCUUUAAAAUUUUGUCCAGCUCGUCCAAUGUGAGGUCAGGUGUUUGAGCUGAGAACCAGAAACACUUGGCUCUCAGGCAAAAAUCAGUCUCUUAAAUUGACCAUAUAGUUGAGACUUGUCAGUAAUAACCUAGAAACUUAGGUCAGUGUCUCCCC